GUCUCUCCAACCGUCCGACGACUGAAGAAACUUGCAGGAAGUGAAGCCUCAUCUAGUUGGAGGGGGAAAGCUUUAAAGGGUGCACACUUCCUGUUUCCUAGCAACAAAAGGAAGUAUUUGUUGUUGCCCUAGCCCCUGUGACUUCUUCAAAUCCAAAUCCUUGGAUCUCAACGUAGAAGGUCUGGGGAGGAAUCGACCCCUCCGUGAAAGAUCCACCAGGGAGAAGUACGGGGCUCCUGAGGGGGAACCCGAGGCAGCGACGUGGGACCUGUCUUCUACCUCAUGGCUGGAUCUUGAGUGGACUUUGGAGUUCUUUUGCUCUUUCUCUACAACUGGAAUCGCCCAGGAACUGGGACGGACGACUUGGUACCACAGAUGUUAACUCAGAAUCCUAAUCUCGCGGUUUGCAACACUCUCCCUUUCAUGAAAUAUGGUUGCUCAUCACCGCCUCUCCCCACGACCUACUAGAUCCAGGAUCAUUCUCUCUUUUCGAUGCCUCAGCGGUCCUGGAGUACAGACUGUAGCUGAUCACUACACAUCCCUGGGCAGUUUGGGUGACGAAUCUCCAUAAAGUACAGCUUCUCUGCUGGAGGUUGAGGUUUGAACCCUUGUGAAAAGUUCUUUGAUUUUGCUACCAAGGGACCUUCCAUACUUGAAACUUUCAGAAGUUAGACUCUGAAAUUGCUAUGUGUAUUUUUAAAGUUGGCAUUGUGAAGUACUCCUGGAAUCAAAGUGAGGCCCAUUUUGAGGUCCAAAUUCCAGGCUCUAUACACUCAGGGUCCUUGUGUUCCUUUUAAAGUUCUUAUUCUUUGACUGUUUCUUUCUUACCUCCUGAAUGGAAGAUGGGAUUCUAAGGAAUCUCCUGGGAUCUGAAGAUCUGUGCAUUCCCUUUUUUCAUGGAAAACACAGACUAUAUGUUUGAUGACUUGAACUUUGCGAAACACACUCUUCCAGUUUAGAAACUCACUCCCCAUCUUUGCUUCCCCAUCAUGUUUUUUAAUAACACAAGUCAAUAUGCUUGCCUUCUGAAGUUUAUUCCCUGUCUUUUUGGGAAGGAAACUUUUGCCGAUUUCUCACAUUAGAGAAGUUUUCUGUUCAUCUGGGAUGAUCAGCUUGAUUUGAGAGGUCUUGGUCUUAGCGCACGCGGGAAAGAGAAAGACGACCUCGAGGCCACGAGGGACUGCAUCGUGCCCCAGAAUGCCCACAGUUUCCUCUUCCACGAGCGUGCGAAGUAGAGGGGGCAUCUGAUGUGAGAGAUGGCUGAGGGGGAUGCAGCCCUGACCCACGAGCAACCCCCCGGGCAGGAGGAGCGGCCGUACAAGUGCAAGCAGUGCCCGCGCAGCUACCGCCACGCCGGCAGCCUGGUGAACCACCGGCGCACCCACGAGGUGGGGCUCUUCCGCUGCCUGCUGUGCCACAAGGACUUCUCCAACCCCAUGGCACUCAAGAGCCACCUCCGCACCCACACAGAGGAGAGGCGCUACAAGUGCCAAAGCUGCGGCCGCGGCUUCCGGAGCUUUUCUCAGCUGACGAGCCACCGCUGUGCGGCUUCUGCCACCCGGGACCAGGAAGAGGAAGAGGGGAGCAACGGCGGGAGCUGCACCUUCCCCAGGGGCCAGGACACCUCGUCUUCCGAUGCGGACACCUACACGGGCAUGGAAGGCAGCAGCGGGAGCCUGCUGAGCAACCUGGAGAAGUACAUUGCCGAAUCGGUGGUGCCCGCUGACUUUUCUCAGCUGGAGUUUCCAGUCAAGAUGGAGACGGAGGGCAAGGUGCCCCUCCCCAUGUGCCAGGGGGAGGAGGAGGAAGAGGAAGAGACGGGGCUCAGGACAGGUGGCGCAAUGAGUGAGGAUGAGCGGCGCUACAAAUGCAACCAGUGCGACAAGGCCUACAAACACGCCGGCAGCCUGACCAAUCAUAAGCAGAGCCACACGCUGGGCGUCUACCAGUGCGCCAUGUGCUACAAGGAGUUCUCCAACCUCAUGGCACUCAAGAGCCACACGCGCCUCCACUCCGAGUACCGGCCCUACAAGUGCCGCUUUUGCCACAAAGCCUUCCGGCUGCCCUCCGAGCUGCUGAGCCACCAGAGGGCCCACAGCCCAGAUGAGGGCAAGGCUGUGGGCCGGCCGGCCUGGGAGGGCUUGGAGCACGGCAUCUGGGAGGAGGACUCCAUCGAGACCUUGGCCAAGCUGGACAUCUAUCACCCUCCGCCCAGGGGCGCGAACUUUGGAGACGGUGCCCCUUGCAGCCUGAAAGACGCCUGCAAGGUGGGAGGGGGCGAACGCUGCAACCCGGACGGGGAGCUGUGUGUCCGCUGUGGGGGGACCUUUGCCGACGAGGAGGAGCUGAAGGGACACAGUUGCCUCUAUCCAGAGGUGGCAGAGGAGGAGGAGGAGGAGGGCAGCACCCCCUCCAAGCCAGCACCUGGGGCCAAUGGGACUUGGGAAGCAAGCCUGAAAGGCGAGGAGGGCUAUACCAUGUCGGAGGAGCGGCCCUUCCGCUGCGGGGACUGCGGGCGGACAUACCGCCAUGCAGGGAGCCUCAUUAACCACAAAAAGAGCCACCAGAUUGGGGUGUACAGCUGCACCGUGUGCUCGAAGCAGCUGUACAACUUGGCCGCCCUGAAGAACCACCUGCGGGUGCAUCUCAAGUCCAAGCUGAGCACUUCGUCCUCUCCCGAGGAGGCUCCGCAGCAUCCGUCUGCCGCCACGGACAGCCCUGGGGAAUCUGCUGACAGCCAGGUGCAGCCCCCACACGUCUGGAAGGCCGCCUCCUGUCCCAAGGAGGAGGAAGAAAGAGGGGCAGAGGAGGAGGAGCGUCCCUACCGGUGUGGGGACUGUGGGCGGAGUUACCGGCACCGCGGCAGUCUGGUGAACCACCGCCAUACACACCAGACGGGGAUCUUCCAGUGCUCCAUCUGUCCCAAGCAGUACUCCAACCUGAUGGCACUCCGGAAUCAUGUCCGCGUGCAUCUGCGAGCGGCGCGCAUGCGCGGCCGGGAGCAGGGGGGUGGCCUGACCUGCAGCAGCUGUGGGGAGAGCUUUGAGGAGGAGGCCGAGUUCCAGCUCCAUCAGCUGCGUCACUUGCCCUGCACGGAGGACAUCGAGGCAGCGGCCGUCCCGAGACUGGGUGUCUUUCACCCACAGGAGGCGGACCUUCUCCAAGCCAUCAAGCAAGACGUUGAAGCCCUGGAGAACGGUGCAACUGUGGCUGAGGAUGUCCUUCCCACCUCUGAGACGGCGCACGUCUGCCCGCCGUGCGGGAUGACCUUUCCCAGCGUGGCAGACCUGCAGAGUCACGCCGUGCAGCACAGCAGCGAUGGGGACUGGCCGGAAGGCCUGGCCGUGCGGGCCGAGUCGCCUGGGUCUCCCCAGCGCCUCUACGGCUGUGACCAGUGUGGCAAAGCAUACCGGCACUCAGGGAGCCUCAUCAACCACAAGCAGACGCACCAGACAGGCGACUUCAGCUGCUCGCUCUGCAGCAAGCACUUCCAGAACGUUGCCUCCCUCAAGAGCCACUUGCGCAGUCAUCAGAGGCCCAGAAGAGGACCGUCUGGGACAGCCGUGACCACAACCGAGGACGAGGAUGGCGAAGUGGAAGAGGGCUCUGCCGUGCCCAGGACCCUGCCCUCGGGGGAGGAGUUCAAGGGCAGCUAUGACAUUUUGGAGGAAGGUGCUCUCACCAAUGGCUGGGAGUCGCAGACACGGGCUCCCUCGCCGUUGCUGGGGGAGCCAGAAGGGCUUCCCUAUCUUUCUGAGCAGGGUGGGCUGGGCUUUGACCAGGCCAGCAGCUUGAUGAGCCACAAGCAGACCCAGCAGCUGGGCAUCUACCAGUGCUCCCUCUGCCCCAAAGAAUAUUCCAGUCUUCUGGCUCUGAAAAAUCACUUCCAUGGACACGCCAAGGCCACAUCGUCCAGCCAGGGCAGCCCUGGCCGGGACAGCGGUGCUGAGGAGCAGCCCUUUCUCUGCAGCCUCUGUGGCAUGAUCUUCCCGAGCGAGGAGGGCCUCCAGCACCACAGCCUGCUGCACGAGGAGGGAGAAAGCCAGGGGGAGGGCUUGGAUGCGGUGCUCAAGCGGGAGGCUGAGGUGCAGGUGGAUGGAGCAGGAGAUCGAGAAGAGGAGCAGCUUCUGUCCCACAUCUGUGGCUAUUGUGGGCAAACAUUUGAUGACAUGGCCAGCUUGGAAGAGCAUAGCGACGGGCACCUGGAGGAGAAGGCCGCAGCCUUGGCUGACACAUCCAUCCAGCUCCGACGAGCACCUCGCCUGGAGGAGGACCCGCUCCGACGAGCGCCUCGCCUGGAGGAGGACCAGCUACCUCCAGCUCCAUGCAUAAAGGAAGAACAGCCCCUCUCACACCCGCUGGAAGUGUCAGCCACAACGUGUGACUUCCUGGACAACCGACCGUAUGCUUGCGGUCAGUGUGGCAAGACCUACCGGCACGGUGGCAGCUUGGUCAAUCACAAGAAGAUCCAUCAGAUCGGCAAUUACCAGUGCGGGGUCUGCUGCCGGCAGUAUCCCAAUAUGUCUGCCUAUCGGAACCACCUGCGGAACCAUCCGAGGUGUAAGCUGAAUGGCAGUGUGCCGGAGGUACGGCAGCCAGCACCCGCAGAAGGAGGAGCGGGGGAGCCUUCCUCUGCUUGUGAGAUGCCCAGGGAGGAGCCUGUUGCCGAUGAGGUUCUGGCAGCCCAGACCGGGGCAGAUCCUCCACAUGCUUCCUCCCUCAUGUCUCCCUCUGGAGAGGAAAGAUCGGGACAAGGCAGAGAGCAGAAUGCUAACCAGCCGGAGAACAAAAAGGCCCGGGUGUUUGACAUCUGUGGGGUGAUGUAUGAAGCGAAAGCAGCAUCAGAGGCACUUCAACCGCUACAGUUUUCCAAAGAGCAGAAGAAGGUUGGGAGAGACGAGGAAGAAGCAGACCAGGAGGGGGGGGACGGCCCCAGCGCUGAGGAGGAAGGCUCCCCGUCUGAGCGCCCCUUCCAGUGCGACGUCUGCGGGCGCAACUACAAGCACGCUGGCAGCCUGAUCAACCACAAGCAGACACACAAGACGGGUCUCUUCCACUGCGGCAUUUGCCACAAGCAGUUCUACAACCUCAUGGCACUCAAGAACCACAACCGCACCCACUUUGAAACCAAGCGCUACAGGUGCCCGGAGUGCCCCAAGGCCUUCCGGCUGCAGAAGCAACUGGCGAGCCACCAGCGCGUGCACCGCGACCGGAAGCGGGAGCCUUCCUCCCACUCAUCCAGGAGAUUCGCUCAGGCCAAGCGGGCAGCCAAGGCAGAGACACUGAGCCGCCCUCCUGGCGCUGCGAAGCAAGCCCUGGAGCCGGAAGAGCGCCCCUACCGGUGUGGGGAGUGUGGGCGCACCUACCGCCACGCGGGCAGCCUCCUCAACCACCAGAAGAGCCACAAGGUCGGACACUUUGCCUGCGCCCUCUGCACCAAGGCCUACCCCAACCUCAUGUCCCUCAAGAACCACCAGCGCAUCCACUAUGAAGUGAAGCGCCACCGGUGUCCGGACUGCGGGAAGGCCUUCAAGUGGCAACGGCAGCUGCUCAGGCACCAGCGCCGGCCCCACCCCUGCAGCCAGAGCACCCCGGGGCCGGGAUCCGCACGGGACAGAGUGGCUCCCCAAAAGGCGGCGCAGGCGGGCAGCUCGGCAGAGGCCCGGGCUGGCCCUUUCCAGUGCCCGCUGUGCCCCAAGCGGUUCCCCAGCCAGGCGGCCCUGAGGAACCACAGCCGCGUCCACAGCAAGAAGCGCUUCGAGUGCUCGGAGUGUGGCAAGGCUUACCGGGCCUCCCGGGACCUGAUGCGCCACCUCGGGAGGCAUCACGCCAAGGCUACAGGGGAGGCAGCUGAGGAAGGCAGUGCCUCCCCGAGCUCUGUGGCGGCCAGCAAGAAACUGGAGGAGCGGCCUUACAAGUGCAGCAGCUGCGAGCGGACGUACCGCCACGCCGGCAGCCUCCUCAACCACAGGAAGGCCCACAAGACCGGCCUCUACCGCUGCAGCGCGUGCCAGAAGGAGUUCUACAACCUUCUGGCCCUCAAGAACCACCUCCACACCCACACGGACCGGAAACGCCACCGGUGCCCCCACUGCGGCAAGGCCUUCCGGACUGCCCGGCGCCUGGCCGCCCACGCCAGGGCCCACGGCGGGGCGAAGGAGGAAGGGACCUUCUUGUGCGGCGUCUGCUCAAAGGAGUUCUUCCACCCACUCAGCUUCCAGCAGCACCAGCUGUCGCACACCGCGGACGAUGCGCAUCCUGUCGCCGGGGAUGAUGGUGCCACGGGAGAGGCGAGCUGAGGGUUCUGUGCACGUGCGUGAAGAGCGUGCCGAGGAUUGAAUGGCAGGGAGGUUGUGCUGCAGGGAAAUCUGGGAGU